CCCAUCUGCACCCGUCCGCCUGCCUCCCUGGCCUGCAUCGACCAGGAGCCUCGUUCCUGCGACAACGCCGCUGCAAGUCUCCAGAUCGCCCCCGUCCACACCGCCGCCGCCCAAAUGGAUGCCUCCGGAAGAGCCUUUGUCAGCACAGCGCUCUCCCCACUUGUGGCUGUGUUGACCUCCGAGGAUGUCGAUCCUGUCCUGCAGCAGAGCAACUUCAGCUCGUUUCUGCAAUUCAUCCGUCCGUUUGGGGCGUUCAACUCCAAAGUCCAGGUGCGUGAUUCCAGCAGCCAGGCGGUCUCAGUCGAAGGGUUCAAGCUCCGGUUCAACUAUCUGGAUGCUCUCGACAACUUCAGCUCCACCGUCAUCGGCAAGGUGGCCGUUCAGCAGCUUCGGGACCAUCACCGUCCGCUGACCCAGCCCCCACCCCUCGCAACAAAGUCGGAUGCCCGAGAUAUUGCCUCGAGCGUAACCGUCGAGGAGCUUACUCCGUGGUAUUCGCGGUACCGCACAUAUGUAUCUGCUCAUGGCGGGAUAUCGGAGCAUGAAGCCUUCAACCAUCCAGUAGCAUGCUUGAUCGUGGUUUCGUCGUCCAACCCCGAUCCCAUCAAGACCAUGUCGUCCUUGUUUGAUCCCGGACGACCGCAUCAAGCCUUUGUCGAGCGCCCAUACUUGGACCACAACAUUCCAAAGCACUACUUGCUCGUCAAUGACGUCCAGAAGACCGGCGGCCAGUUCGACGCCGAGUCGAUGCUGGCUUUGAUGAAGAAAACAUUCGGAUUGAGCUGCCACGUCGUUUCCGUCAAUUCGAUUCCGAAGCCCACCAUCGACGAUCCCUUCGCAAUGCCCGUGCUGCCCAAGCCUGUCGUCGCCGAUCGAUGGUCCGCCUCGGUGGAUGAGUUCAAGCCGCUUUACGACUCGCUCGACAAGUUGCAUGCCGGCAUUCAGACGCCACCCUCAGCACCAUCCAUUACGGAAGAUGGGUUCCCUGUUAUAGACGCGGCGGCAAAGAAGGAGAGCCUGAUCGACGUGGUGGCCGCGUCACCGGUAGCCCCAAGUGUAGCUUUGGGCCAGUACAUGUCUCACACCGAUAUUGAAGCCAUCGAGAGUUUCAUGAGGGAUCUCUUAUCCAAAACUGUCCUGCCAUCGAUGGAGCGGAGCGUGCAGCACUGGAACGAGCAGAUUGCCAGCUCGCGAAGGGGUAUUACUGGCCGCCUGUUCAACGCCGGUCGCAAAUACUUUGGCGCCUCCGCCAAGCCUGCUGGUGUGCCAAUUCCCUCAACCAACGUGGAUGGGCUUCUUGUCUUUCCCUUCAACUCGCCCGAGUUCCUGCUCCGAAAGCUCGCCGACUAUUCGUUUAUGCUCCGCGAUUUCAAGUUUGCCUCCGCUAUCUAUGACAUGGCCAGAAAGGACUUCCAGCAAGCUGGAGACAAGGCCUGCAAAUACUACGCAGGCACCCAAGAGAUGCUGGCGCUCUGCAGUCUCAUGUCCGACGCCGCUGCCGUUACCAAGGGGUCGAUCGAGACUCUUCUUGACAACGCCGUUCUUGGAUACAACGACGCCAAGACCCCCAUUUAUGCUGCGCGCGCCACCAUGAUGGUCUAUGAGGGACUCAAAGAUCGCAGCGGGCAUGCAGAUGCCGCCAAGCUGCUUAUCAAGAUGACCGGCGAGGAGUCCGACAUCCGUAGUGGACUGUUCUAUGAACAGGCGGCACACUGCCACAUCCGAGUGGCACAAGGACCCAUGAUCCGCAAAUACGCAUUUUAUCUGAUUCUAGCCGGGCAGAGAUUUUCCAAAUGCAGUCUGCGGCAACAUGCAUAUCGCUGCUACACGAACGCCUCGCACGUCUACUCCAAGCUGUCAUGGAGCUUGAUAGAUGACCACAUUUCAUUUACUCUGGGUCGCCAAUCUUUCCAUCUUGGCGACCUUGAGUCGUCCGUGGGAUUCUUUUUGAAGCUACUCAAGGAAAGCCGGCAGACGGCUGAGCAACAAGCCUCCAACAUGAGCGAAUUCCUGUAUAUAUACAAGCAAUAUUCAGUCCGCAACAGCCUGACCAAUGUUAGUCAGCUGCCCAAGCUGCCCAUCCCGGUGAUCAACGACUCGCAAAUAUACAUAUCCUCUCUCGAUGAGCAGUUCAACAAGAGCUCCGGCGCGGUCUCUAGCUCGCUCGUCGUCGAAGAAGAGGUCUGGGAGUCCAUGGAGAGAGACCUGAUCGAGGAGGGCCUCAACAACGCCGAGAUAUUAGGAUUCAAAAAGAAGGUCACCAAGGCGGUCACCUUUGGGAAAACCAUCUGUGCCGUCCAAGAGCCUGUGUUUGUGUCUAUCCCUAUUCACAACCCUAUGCAGACACCUGUCACGCUGGAGGAUGUGUUCUUGGAGUGCACCCAUGACUCGGUCCCGGACGAGCAGAUCCGGACCAUCAAAGUCUCCAUCCUCGAGGCAGGCGUUGUGGACGGCAAGAACCGCUCGAGGAGAAUCUCCAACAACGUAUACGACGUCGAGUGUCUCGAGCGAGUCGGCUUGGCCGCCAAGGAAACCAAAACGAUCCAGCUUCGUGUGCUUCCCAAAGUCGAGGGGCAGCUUCAAAUCGUCGGUCUGCGGUACACUUUCAUGAACACCAUUCCGGCAUACCGGCCCUUCAAGAAGCGCGGCAAGCGCCUGAACGAAACGCUCCAACAGCGAUCGCAGGCCAGUCCUCAGUACUCCACAGAUCAGACCCUCAAGCUGAUCGUCAAUCCCCCGAUGCCCAUGCUCCAUGCCCAAUUCCUCGAGUUCCCGUCCUCUUUGCUGAGCGGCGAAGUCACAAGGAACGUGCUCGAGAUCGAGAACCGCGGCAACAAGGAUAUGAAGCGGCUGAUACUGAAGAUGAGCCAUCCCACGUUUUUCCACUUUGGCCGCAUUGGCGGUUCCUUGAGCGAGGAUGCAUAUGUCAUCCAGCCCUCGGAUGGAAAGACAGAUGAAGAUUAUGUCUUCAACAACUCCCUGACAAACCCCAGCAUUUAUGCCAUCCACCUUCCCGGCAGUGACGAGUCGCUUGUCCAGGUCGGCUCGCUCGGCCCGGGCGAGAAGGCACUGAUUCCAGUGUGGGUUCGCGGAGACAGAAUUGGCAAGCACCUUUUCAAGUUUCUGUUCGGAUAUCAAUCCGAGAACUUGAAUGAUAAGAUCAGCUACCGAACCCUGCGCGUAACAAUACCAACCACAGUCGGCCCCUCACUCCGUAUCAAUGCCUUCACGCGACCGAGCACAGGGCUGCUCGACGAGUUCAUCCUUGGCGUGGAGAUCGAGAAUCUGCAGCAGUCGUCCGCCAAGGUCCGCUUGACCCAAAUAUCGUCGAUGAGCUCGGCAUGGGCCAUUACUGCCCUUGAUGGCGCAACCUUCAAACCCGAUAGAUGCACCAUCUCUGGCAAACAGACUCUGUUUGUCUAUUUCCGGUUUGUUCGCACGGCACGAUGUCUGAAGGACGCAGCCGACACCACACCCGAAGCCUGGACGACCAAGUCCGUCGAGCGACUUUUGAGCAACGACGACGGUGCCAGAUCCAAGGCGCCCGACGUUCACAUUCACGUUGCUAGCUUGGGUCACGACUCUGCAAUCUCGUUUGACAGUUCGCCUCUGCAGGGUCUUGCCCGCCACUCGCGUCUGCAGUGGAAGAUGAACUCGCUGCUCAACCAUUAUCCUGGCCUGACACGCAGCCAGGUCUCGGAUCUCUUCCCGUUGUACUUUACGGAAGACGUCGAUCUGUCGCUGUAUUGGGAAAUGAUUCCCAAUCGGUCCGAGUCAAAGGAUGUCGUCCUGAUCGAUACUGAAACCGCCACAAAUGUUGUCCGCGGGCACCACUAUAUCAUUGGCAUCAAUCUGGGACUCCAGGCUCCCCUCCAACUGCAACAGAAACUGGCGCAUUUCAAUGACCGGGCGUUCUACGGGAAGGCACUCUUUGCGGCAACAGUGCGCGAGAAGCGGGCGCUGCUGACGAGUCUCAUGAAGAGCCACCAGAAGGAAAUCAGCCCACUUCGAGUCAUUUUGCGAGCUCCUGAUCUCCAUAGCCAUGACUUUGCCAACGGCGACUGCAUCCUGCCAAUCCAGGUGUCGCUGCGCAAUAGUUCGUGGACCAACCCCAUCAACUACGCUGUGGAAGUGGUGGCGUCAUCGUCGUCAAGCGAAAGCAGCAAGAAGUUUGUCGAGGCAGUUCCAUUUCACUGGUGCGGCGUCACCAAUCUGCACGGCCGGCUCGGACAAGAAGAGGAGACAACCCUGAGCUUUGUUGCCUGCUUCACUGUGCCCGGCGUCUACAAUCUGAACCAAUGGAGGGCAAUGGUGACGAUUGAGCAGCCCGAGACGACAGCCCCUGCCACCGCCGCUGCUGCCGCAGAAAACGUCAAGCACCAUGACGACCGAGACAAGCCCAAGGCUAUCGGAGCCGCCGCCAACUAUGUCCAGACGCCGAGCUUGCCUCACAUCAUCAACAUUGUCGGCCUGUAGAUGUUGCAGGCGAUGAUCCGAUGCUCGAGAGGGCGUGCCGAUUGCCAUGCUGUGCCGAUCGCCGUGCGCUGUGUGAGCCACAAGGCCAUCUGUACAUCAAGUGCACGUCUCUCGCAGCGAGACGACCAGACAGGCAUAUCCACACGGAUCGUCGAGCUCGUGAAUACAUCUGCGGUGUGCUGUUCGCUGGCCGAUUGAUG